UUUUUCUCGCUCGCUGCCUUCCCGCCCUCGUCCCCCAAAACCCUACCUCCCCUCCCCUCGCGCCGCGGCCAUGGCGACCCUACCGCAUCCGCCUCUCCACCACCACCCCGGCGGCGCCGGCGCCGCCCUCCCAGACUGGGACCCGAGCCUCAUCGCCAACCCCGACUUCGACCUCGGCUUCCUCCAGGCCGCCUUCGAAGGCGACCUCCGCACCGUCAAGAAGGCGGUGAGGGUGCUGGGGAGGGGCGCGGAGGGCCGCCGCCUGGCGGAGAAGCUGGAGGCCGUCCGGGACGGCUUCGGCAUGGGCCUCCUCCACCGCGCCGCGCUCGGCGGGAGCCUCCCCGUCUGCCGCUACCUCGUCGAGCACGUCCGGAUGGACAUCGAUGUCCUCGGCCCCCACGGCACAACGCCUCUGGAUGCCGCCCUUGCCCGUCAGAAUAUGGAGUUGGCGCGUUACUUCCUUGAGCAAGGUGCUGAUACAGAGAUGCUCGACGCCGAUGGGUAUACCCCGCUCCAUUUCGCCGCCUCGCAAGGAGAUGUUGGAAUGGUUGAGCUCUUACUCUCCAAAGGAGCUCACCCUGAUACACUAAAUCAUGGUGGGACUGUACUGCAUUAUGCUGCUACUCAUGGGCGGGAUGAUAUUCUUAAGGUUUUGUUGGACCACCAUGCAGAUCAUAAGAAAGCUUUGAGUGGUACUGGUUAUACAGCUCUUGUUCUUGCUACUAUUGCACACUCACUGAAAUGUGUGCAACUCCUGCUUGAGGCCGGUGCUGAUGUGGAUGGUGUUGGUAAAGAGACACCCUUAAUGAUCGCUGCCACUGCUGGCGCAACUGACAUCCUGAAGUGCUUAGUUCUGGCUGGUGCAGAUGCAAAUGUUCCUGACAGUUUGGGACGUGCUCCUAUAGAAAUUGCUGCACGUUCUGGUAGGCGUGAAGAUGUGGAGAUCCUAUUUCCAGUCACUUCUCUUAUUCCUGGUGUACGUGAGUGGAGUGUUGAUGGAAUUAUUAGUCAUGUAAAAUCAGUGCGCCCAGAGAAGAAAGCUAUGCUUGCUAGUGCCAAAUCAAAAGCAAAUGAGGCAUUCAAGGAUGGGAAUUAUCUUGUUGCAGCAAGAAUUUACGAAGAGGCAAUGGCACUUAAUCCCCUUGGCCCUAGUAAUGCAACGUUGCUCUCAAAUAGCAGCCUAUGCUGGCUUCGCUUUGGUAAUGGGGAGAAGGCCUUGAAGGAUGCCAAGGUUUGCAGGAUGCUCCGACCUGGCUGGCCAAAGGCCUGCUAUCGUGAAGGAACUGCGCUAAUGUUACUUAAGGACUAUGAAAAGGCAUCUUGUGCAUUUCUUGACGGCCUUAAAUUGGAGCCAAGGAAUGUCGAGAUGGAAGAUGGGUUACGGAAGGCCAUGGAAUCCUUGAAGAUAUCUCGCUGUAGCCCCGCACAAGAUUAGCUGGAUCAGCAUCAGCAAGUAGACAUGAGAAGCUUGUUAGACUUGAUUUGCACUGCUCACUGAAGAAACUGAAGUGCCCUGUUUUGCUUGUUCCCUCAGGAGUAACUGGAGGAUUGGAAUGAGAUGAGUAAAUUAGGUUAAUUGCUAGAUGUCCUUUUUCUGAUAAUCAUUAGCCGGAUCGUAUGUAAGAAAUUAUCAAGCAGCCUCACUUGACGCUCGACACCAGUUUGCGACUUCGGUUCCCGAUGCAUAUGCUGUUUUCUAUA